GGGGGUAAUUUUGCCGUGCCUGUGGCUAAGCAGGCGGCCGAAAGAGAUCUGUGUGAGGGAAAGAAUCGCAAUGUCGGGCCCCGAAAUGUGGCUUUGAAGGCGGCUCGAGUUCGAGGAAUGGGAGAACGAUGUCCCUGCCGAGAAUACUCGCCAUUCUCGGGGUGGUAGCGGCUGUGUGCGGCGCAGGGAGCGGCGACCGAGCCGAGCGGGUGUACGGGUGCCUAUUCCAGAAGGACCUGUGCAGGAGGGAUGAAAUAUGUGUGGUUGAUAAUUUGUUUGGGAGUUGUCAGGAGGACCCAGUUGAAGCCAUCUACUCCUACAACCCGUCCAGACAGCAGCUGAAGGAACUCCGGGAUGACAUCACAGAACUGGUGGCUGAUGGGUACGGUUGGCGAGAUGACAUCACGCAAGCCACCAUAGGUGGCCACCUCGACAGAAUACACCAGCACUAUGUAGCAGAGCCCCCUGGCAACCAAGCAGGGUAUGACAGCCAGGACAAGGCUAAUGCCUACCUGGGAGAGCUGUACCCUGGGGCUCAGCAGCUCAGUACAGGGGUGGAGAAGAGACGUCAGGAGAUGGUAGACCAGCUUAGCAAACAGUACCUGGAUCUCAUGGACAGGGAAAGGGCACUAGAACAGCAGGCAGUUGAAGAGAGGCGUAUGAAAGAAGCGCUACAGUGGCAGGCUCAGCAGCAAGGCAUGCUGGGAGAUGGCAGCAGCGAAGAGUACGUCAACUCAUGGCUAGACGACCCCCAGAUACGAGCCAGACUAAAAACGUUACUGGACACCAUCGUUCAGUACUACGGAGACGACAUCGACACACCCAGCGACGACUACGUCAAGAAAGGUGGCCAAACCUCUUACUACGACUAUCCUCUCGAUGAAGGUGUAGAUUCUCCUAACCCCGGUGAAGGUGAUGGGAAUAGGUUGGUGUGGGGAGACUUUGGUGGUAGGGAUGAGGAGGAGGACGCACCUGAUGAGAAAUUAGUUUUGCCGAAAUGGCAGGACUAUUUCUCGGAUGCUGACAUGACGACAAUGCCUACUAAACGACUAACAGAAGCUGGUAUGGUGUUCGGUGGUGGUGGUGAUGUAGAGCCUAGAGAUGACGCCUUAGAUGAUGACGUGAUUCCUACACCUGAUGCAGACAUGCUUCUAUCUCUUGUGGGUAAAGAGCUGAACAGCCUGCUGGAUGGGACCAUAAAAAUCGAGGACCUGACUGAUGAAGAGUAUAAGUUACUGGCACAGGCUGUCAAGGAAACCAUCAGUCUGCUACAGGACGAUAAGGAACAAGGCGGAGAUUCAGGAAGCCAUGACGGCACUGAAGAUGAAGAAACAAGAGGAACAGAUGGUGAUACUGAAGAUGGCACAGGUGAAGAGCCAGACAGCAGCGAGGAAGACAACAAGGAGCAUCCAGAAGACACGUCUGAUCCAGAAGCUACUAAGAAGGACCCAGAAGACGCUGACUUGGAGAAGAAGGAGGCUGAAGAUGCAGACAGUGAUGGGGAGGAGGAUAAGAAAGAUGAGGAGACGUGGAUUCAGGAGGGGGCGGGGGAACAGAAGAAAUCUCCUGCCUCCCAGCAAAGCUUCUUCAGGAAUGGUCCACCUUCAUUAAAAUUUAAGAGUGAAGAAGAAGGGAAAGAAGAAGAGCCGACCAUCGACAGUAAGGCCUGGUUCAUCCCUAUUGAAGACAACAGAGGUCGCCAGGUCGGCAUCUUUGACCUGAAGGACGCCAUGGAGGCCAGCGUGGAACGCAACCACGCUUUUCUCGUCUUCGACAGAAAAGUGACAUAUGAAGAUGGUACAAAGGUCCGCGAUGCACUUGCUGACAUCCUCGGAGUUCCAAGUGAAAUCUUCUCUGAUAUCAGUGUUCUGGACAACCAUGUCUCCUUCCUGGUCAGACCCAAUGACAAGGGACUCAACGCAUCCACCGUUGCACAUCUAGCGGAAAACAAGAAGGAAGCUCUGCAGAAGGCAGUUGGUAUGGAGCUGGUUGGAACUGGCAUUGGCAGUAAUGAGAUGAGUCAUCAUGUUGAGUAUUUAUUAAAGACAAGGCUGCUCACACCACUAACGAGGAUUGAGAUUGUGGAGAAUGCGGAGGAGGGGCCACACUACCUGGUUCUUACAGUGAUCGUGGUUGGCUGCCUGGCAGGAGUACUGGUGGCCGUCAUCGCCAUCUACUUCAUGAAGAGGUCAGCGCACCGCGACGCGAAACUGCAGGGGUUAACGGGCGGACAUCCGGACAUGGACGCCACCGCAGAUUACCAGGAGUUGUGCCGGCAGCGAAUGGCGAGUAAAGCGACGGAGAAACCAGAGCCGAUGACGAGCCAGUCUCGGUUCAGCAGCCUGUCGGAGGAGCGUGUCCGUAGCCCAUCAAGUCGCAGCAGUACGUCCUCUUGGAGUGAAGAGCCAGUCUCCUCCAAUAUGGACAUCUCCACUGGACACAUUGUCUUGGCCUACAUGGAGGAUCACCUGAAGAAUAAGGACCGACUGGAGAAGGAAUGGCAGCAGCUGCAGAACUAUGAACCAGACAUCCACAGUACUGUCAUCGGGGUGUCCGGGGGAAACGCUGCCAAGAACAGGGUCUCUGACGCUGUACCAUAUGACCACUCCCGUGUGGUGUUGAAUGACAGUUUGAACAUCGGAACUGCUGACUACAUCAACGCCAGUACAAUUACGGACCAUGAUCCACGGAACCAUGCAUACAUCGCAACCCAAGGACCACUGGAGACAACUGUCUGUGAUUUUUGGCAGAUGGUGUGGGAGCAGGGCAGUGUGGUGAUCGUGAUGCUGUGCAGUCUACAGGAGGGAGGAAGUGAGCAGUGCUGUCAGUACUGGCCUGAGGAAGGCAACAGUCUCUACCACAUAUAUGAGGUGCACCUUGUGUCGGAGCAUAUCUGGUGUGAGGGACUUCUGGUGCGCAGCUUCUACCUGAAGAACAUCCAGACUGGAGAGACUCGCACCGUCACCCAGUUUCACUUCCUGUCCUGGCCGCAAGGGGGCAUCCCUGCAACCCCCAAGGCACUGCUGGAGUUCAGAAGGAAAGUGAACAAGUGUUAUCGAGGCAAGUCCUGCCCUAUCGUGGUCCACUGCAGUGAUGGUUGUGGCCGUACGGGAACCUACUGCCUGGUGGACAUGGUCCUCAACAGGAUGACUAAGGGUGCCAAGGAGAUUGACAUUGCGGCCACACUGGAACAUAUACGUGAUCAGAGACCGAACAUGGUGAAGAGUAAGGACCAGUUUGAGUUUGCGCUGACAGCAGUAGCCGAAGAGGUGAACGCCAUCUUGAAAGCCCUACCGCAGUAGCGCUAACAAACAGAUCUAUGGACGCCGAUUCACGCACUACCAGGAGAAACUUUCCCUGACUUACCUACCAGUCGCGUAGGUAAACUACAGAAAGAAAGCUUCAACAUGAAGCAAAGAUACAAACCUACAUGUAGCUGUCAGUCAGAAAUAGGAGCUGUGUACGGAUCAGUGUAUAAAUGUCUUCUUGGUGCUAGGACUUUCCAAGAUUCUCUGCUUUAGUGAUCAUGUUCAUUGUCUUUAAGCCAAAGAGAGGUGUGGAAAAACAUAAGACACUCUUACAACAAUCCAACUUAACCCCUUGAUUCCUAUAUUAAUUUGAAAAUAAUGAAAUUGCCUGUCAGUGAGAUAUGAAUGGUUAAGAGGUCAAGAUAUCCACACUAUGUUGAAAAGGCUGGAAAAACAAACUUUGUUUUUUCAGCUUCCCAACUGACCCUUAGCUAGUCAAACCUGCAGAAGAGUAUCAUUUUUUGAAGAGUCGACACUCGACAGCUUUCUGUUGAGUGAGUCGGGUAAAAUGUUUGUCCCCUGCCCAGACUAAAGCAAAUGGAAGGUUGGGAGACAGCCCUGGUCCUAAUGCAUUUCAGUUUCACAAUCAUUUUUGUGAACCUCAUUUGUUAGGUCUGAAAUCCUCACCGCUAUGGCUUAACCUAUACAGUCAGACUUUGUUUUUUCAGGACUAAAAUCGGAAACACAAUUUUCUUUCCUAGGACUACAUAAGAGCCCAGCACAAAUUGAAAUAGUGUAAAAGAAAUCAAUGGAUUGACAAGUUGAGAAUUCUGGAAGGUCCUAGUGCCGUUUGUGGUGUAAAAUGUGGCAGGGUUCUGAGGAACACAUCAGAUAAACCAGAACGUAGGUUAGUAACAGGAGAUAAGAGAACUCCUGGUUGUGGGAAAAAAAACUUCAGAGAACUAAAGACUGGAAAGCUGUGAUUUGUAGUAGACUGAGGAGUUAGAACACAUGCCUUGCCUUCAGAGCUCAGGCAUAUAAUAGAUAGUGUGUGGUGUAUAGAGGAUUCUGUGGUCAUGGGAUGGUUUUUGUUGUUCGCUGUGUCAACGUGUCAAAGUCAGGACUUGCAAUGCUUGUGUCUGUGAUAGUCACUGCACUAUUAUCUUUCUCAUGUGACUUUCUCCACAGACCCAAUACAGUGUCUUCUCUACAAGAGAAAGUUACUGCGAGACUAUAAAUUUAAUACCUGCACUAAAACACCCCUGCACACUUCCACACAUGGUACAUUCCAUGCCACAAUCUACUCAGUUUCAAACUGAUUUCUUAGAUGGUCCUUAUUCAAAUUCUGACAAACAACAUGAAGUGUUGUCUGAAAGAUGCCAGGAACUUUUGACAUGAUCCCCACUUUCAUAGCAUUCCAUUAUGCACACAGCUUUUGCGUUAGAACACCUGACAGGCACCUGGCACAAUAUUUUGAAACAGAAAUAUCGAAGAUGCGGGAAGUUGAAAAGGAGAAACAAAAGAAAGCUAUUUUUGUACAUAGCCAUGUAAGAAAAGGUUCUAACAUGCUGCAUGCAACAAUCAAGUCCAAUUUAACUCAAAAGCUAAACUAAGAUACAAGCAGGGUUCUCGCAAAGUAAACAUUAUAUGGAACAAAAUAUGAAAAGAUUUAUUCCAUAGAAAUCAUACAUAAUAUUGUGCAUUUUGAAACUGGCAUAUCUGUGGUUAUUAUAGGGACUUUUUGACCAAUCAAAAUAAGUUGAAAAGAUACUGGGUAAAAUUUAAAUUUGAUUGGCCAAUUGAGUUGUCCUAGCUAACCAAUAAGACAUGAGAUUUUAUGAUAUACUAAAUGUUUCAUAUCAUCUUAGAGCUGAUUGGUGCACAUCAGACUCAACAGAUAAUCUUUAAGUCAGACUCUGAUGCUUACUCCUGUAUCUAUGUACCAUGACAGUGUCUGUGCAGUAAGGUAUAUUAUACAACACAGAGUGACCAACUUUUUGUGAUUGAAUGUAAUAUAUGACUAUAACAUGAUUGUGGUAUAUAUAUUUUGUGUAGUUGUAAGUGUACCUAGUAAAAUGUGCAUAUCAUCAUGACCAAAAAUGCAGUGGAAAAUGUAUCAAUAUCAAGUAUUUUAUCCCAGAUAUUCUAUGAUUUUAGACUGUGUACGUACAUAAGAGAUAUAAUUUUACUUGUUACAAAGAGGUAUUGUAAGUGUUAUUGAUGGUGAGGGAUCAGUUUUGUUGAAAGACAAGGUUUAAGUGUUGACUGCAAACAACCAUGAGAUAUAAUGGACACAGUUAGCACAUCUAAGCAGUUAUACUACAAUGCAAUCAACAAAAACAUAUGAGAAACCAUGGAGUAAACAAAAGAAUUUUAAAGAAUUUUAAGACGAGAAUUGGAAAUGAUGUAUCAGUGUACAUUCCUAUAUUCAUCCAUUCCCAUGAUGCAACAUGAUUGCCAAAUAUGGUUCUAUCGUUCUAAUCCCAUAAUGCAAAUAUGGUUGCCAAAUAUGGACAUGGCAAGAUCAUGUGACUGCGGGGAAUUGAAUGUUCACUAGAUUUGGUGGAUUGACAGUUGCUUUAACAUGAGCGAAAUGGACAUUUUCAAUGAGAGAAUUCAGUAUCAUA